CGGGGCCCGGAAGCGGCUGUCCAGGCGCCUAAGAAACCAUGGCUAGGGGUCGGCGCUGAGGCUGCGCGGGGUGGGUUGAGCUGGAGCCGGAGCCCGGGCCUGACAGGGCCGAGUGCUACCAUGUCCACGCAGAGACUUCGGAACGAAGACUAUCACGACUACAGUUCCACUGACGUGAGCCCCGAGGAGAGCCCGUCUGAAGGCCUUGGCAACUUCUCUCCCGGCUCCUACCAACGCUUAGGGGAGAACAGUAGCACAACAUGGUUCCAGACCUUGGUCCACCUGCUAAAAGGCAACAUUGGCACCGGACUCCUGGGGCUGCCCCUGGCAGUGAAAAAUGCAGGCCUCUUGUUGGGUCCUCUCAGCCUGCUGGUGAUUGGCAUCGUGGCCGUGCACUGCAUGAGUAUCCUGGUGAAGUGCGCUCAUCACUUAUGCCGCAGACUGAACAAACCCUUUUUGGACUAUGGGGACACAGUGAUGUAUGGACUGGAGUGCAGCCCCAGUGCUUGGGUCCGGAGCUACUCCCACUGGGGAAGGUACAUUGUGGACUUUUUCCUCGUUGUCACUCAGCUGGGAUUCUGCUGUGUCUACUUUGUGUUUCUGGCUGACAAUUUUAAACAGGUGAUAGAGGCGGCCAAUGGGACCACCACCAACUGCCACAACAAUGAGACUGUGGUCCUGACGCCCACCAUGGACUCUCGACUCUACAUGCUUGUCUUCCUGCCCUUCCUGGUGCUGCUGACCUUCAUCAGGAACCUGCGCGUCCUAUCCAUCUUCUCCCUGCUGGCCAACAUCAGCAUGCUGGUCAGCCUCGUCACAAUCUACCAGUUCAUCAUCCAGAGGAUCCCAGACCCCAGCCACCUCCCCUUGGUGGCUCCAUGGAAGACCUACCCUCUGUUCUUUGGCACUGCAAUUUUUGCUUUUGAAGGCAUCGGCAUGGUUCUUCCCCUUGAGAACAAAAUGAAGGACUCCCAGAAGUUUCCAUUCAUCCUGUAUUUGGGGAUGACCAUCAUCACUGCCCUCUAUAUCAGCCUGGGGACCCUGGGGUACCUGCAAUUUGAGGAUAGUAUUAAGGGCAGCAUCACACUCAACCUGCCCAACUGCUGGUUGUACCAGUCCGUGAAGCUGCUGUACUCCAUAGGCAUCUUCUUCACGUAUGCUCUCCAGUUCUAUGUCGCUGCCGAGAUCAUCAUCCCAGUCAUCACGUCCCGAGUACCUGAGCAUUACCAGACAAUGGUGGACUUUGGUGUGCGCACUGCGUUGGUCUGCAUAACAUGUGUUCUGGCCAUCCUCAUCCCACGCCUGGACCUGGUCCUCUCCCUGGUGGGCUCCGUGAGCAGCAGCGCCCUGGCCCUCAUCAUCCCACCCCUGCUGGAGGUGACCACCUACUAUGAGGAGGGCCUGAGCCCCCUGACCAUCAUCAAGGAUGCCCUCAUCAGCAUCCUGGGCUUCGUGGGCUUCGUGGUGGGGACCUACCAAUCUCUGUUUGAGCUGAUCCAGCCAAACCAAGUCGACAUCUCUACCAAUUCCACCAGUGCCUUCAUAUAAGGAUCUGGGUGUGUUCCCUGCACCUGCUCAGCCCACCCUUAUGUGUCUCCCGGUAGUGUCCCCACAGCUUCAGGUAUGGCUCAGCCUCUGGAGAAAGGCAGGAUGCUGCCUGGGCGCUCCUCCACCUGGCAUUGGACCCUUGGGUACCCUGAACUAGGUGAGACUGAGUUUGGGAGGAAGGUGGGGUGCAGUCACUCCACUUGUGACGGGACAGUCACUGCUUUCCUUCAUCAUGCCUCCUCCCCCAGCACCGGCCCCCCUCAUCUGCCCCGCCACACCUAAAUUAUUCCCAUAGCACAGCUCACUUUAUUUAAAAGGUAGAGUCCUGCUCCUGACGUCUCCUCCUUUCCAGGGCCAAGUCUAGAGGAAAUAAGGGGGACUCUUACGUUUUUACAGAGCCAGGCCUCUCUCUCAUCAGGCUCCCAAAUGCUGUACCUCACUCUUCACUGGGCUGAGUCCUGAGAGGCUCUGGCCCUCCAAACCCGCAGGCCACACCGCCUCCUCUCUCAUUUCCUCUGUGUAGGUCACAAUACUGCACUCUUGAUUCCUUUAGCUCUUAAAGAUGAUGAGAUGCUGCUCAGAUUGGAGGUAUUUAUAAUUUAUUUAAGCUUAGGUUUUUGGGAUCUGACUUCAGACCUGGCAUCAUGGUGGGUUAUUUCUUCAGCAGCUUGCACUUGGCCUCUCCUGCCACAAAGAAACCUCCUCCAGGGGACCACGGUAUAUGUCCUCCACCCUCUUGGCUAAGUGGCCUAGGGGCCAUUCUUUUUGUUUGUUUGUUUUGUUUUUGUUUUUUGAGACAUGGUCUCU